AUGUCUCAGGAUAUUUUACCCCAAGGAGCAAGUAAAUCCAAUAAGAAAUGGGACAGGGACACGGUUGUGCCGUUCAUUUUAUUACCACUUCUGCUAUUGAUAGCAACAAUGUCUCUUACCAUCACGAUAAUUGUUAUGAUUUUUAUUGGAAUGGGCGCCUUAUAUGUUCAAUCACGUCCUAGACAGAAAAAUCGGUCCCCUUUCUUCUAUUCAUGGACAUUGUCAUCUGGAAUUUGUAUGUUUCUUGUGUAUGAGCUAGGGGUUUUAUCAUUACUGCAAAUAACUCAAUUAGAAAACUUUAUAUUUUUAUUACUGUUGGCUGGAACAUGUUAUUGUUUCUAUAGGAUGAAAGCAAUUGCUGAUCAUGAAUUAUAUUUGGGUACAAAAGGUAAAGAAUACAGUCCUGUAUUAACUUCCGAUUCAUAUUACUGCCAAGUCUGUCAAUUGGAAGUAAAUGAAAGAUACUUUCACUCUAUUUGGUGGGAUUGUUGUAUUUUCAGACCAAAUUACAUUUAUUUUGUAUAUGGGCAAAUAUUUGCAUUUGCAACACUUGCUUUUGGUGCUAACUUGGGACUCACAACAAUAUGUCAUCCCAUGAUUUUGUACGGCUCACUGAUGAUACCUGAAGAUUGCACUGAUGCUUAUUUUGAAUUUAACUAUGCAUUAUGCUUUGUAUCAUGUGUUUAUGCAAUUGGGUACUUAUCAGUAAUUGCCUUAGUUAUUCUCCAACAACUGUUUAUCUACCUUCCAAAGUAUUUUGCACCACAGUGGAGAAGGCUGAUUGAUGUUUGA